GAUCAACUGAUUACCACCACUUCAGCUGCCUUCAAAAUGAUCUCGGCAGCGGAUGGGGAGAUUUAUCUCAAGUUGGGUCCAACGGGAGGGAAGGAUGGCUUUCUUGAAGCAUGGGAUGAUGGUUUUGGAGAUGAUGUGAAGCAGAUUUGUAUAUGCCAUGGAGAGUAUAUCGUCUCCAUCCAGACUACGUACAAGCGGGACGGGAUCACCAUUGUCUCGAACAGGCAUGGAGGCACUGAAGGCAAUUUUGAUGUGAUUUAUUUCAAUGAACCUCUCACUUGGGUAAGCGGGCAUUAUCAAUCAUGGUAUAUGGAACCUGAUGCAUGGAGAUUAGCGGAAUACUGCCCAAAUAAUGAUACAAUGGUUAUUAGAUCACUCAAGCUUGGCACCGAUCGAGCAACAUAUGGACCUUUUGGUAAAGAGCAUGGGGAGCCCUUUCAUUACAAUAGCAGCACUGGCAUUUGUGGCUUCCAUGGUUACUGUCACAAUGGUGACUCUGGUAUGCUCAAUGCCAUGGGGGUGUAUGUCAGAGCUAUGGCAGCGCACAGUAUCAAUAAUAAUCCAAUUCCAGCUAUGGCCACGCCAACACGGGCCAUUACCUCACCUCCAUUGCAGGACAUGGCUGAAUCCAAUGAAACAUCGACCACAGAGAGCUAGCAGAUGGUAGAAUUUGCAAGCAGAUGAUGAUGAUGAUGUUCCCAUGCACAACUUCUAAUGCCAUGGGCAUGCGUAUGUCUUAUAAGUGUGUGUUAGUACUACCACCAGCAGUGUUUUUUUUUUUUUUCUCUCUCUCUCUCUCUCUUUUGUUGUUGUUGUUGUUGUGCGUGUGACAGAAGGGAUUGAGGAAGUUCUUGGACUGAUGAUUAUAUAUUUCAGUAUUUUCUUUAA